AUUUUCAUGACGCUAUGAUAUUUCGAGGUGAGUCAAGAUCCAAAAUAAAGUUGAUUAAUUCAAAGUGUUGACAGACUUCUUUCGCAAGAUGAGGAGUUUGACAGAAGUUAUCAAGGAUAAAUAUGAGGACCCAGGUCUCCAAGAGGAUUUUACAGUUGGGGGCAUCAAGGUCUACACUCCCAAAACAGGCCCUGCUAUAUCAGGGUCUGGUGAUCUGCAGCUUCCACCAAGAAUCGUCAUGGAUGAUAAGAACAUUUCUGUUGUCGGGGACAUGAAGGCCUGUGCAGAGAUGUGCAGGAAUGUCCGUGAGCUGGACCUCACAAAGAACCUUGUUACAGACUGGUGUGAGGUGUUUAAGAUACUGGACGUGAUCCCAUCUCUCCAGUUCCUGAACUUGACCUCUAACAGCCUGACCCACACCAGCCUGCCGUCUAACUGCCGGGAGAAGACAUACCCCCACAUACAGACACUGGCACUCAACAAGACUGGCAUCACAUGGAUGGAGGUGGCUGCAGUGUUACCAUGCUUUCCUAGUCUUUCAGAACUUCAUCUGAGUAUGAACCAGUUCACGCAUGUUGAUCUGCCUCGCAAUUUCACACACCCCUCGGUGUCUAAGCUAUUCAUGAAUAACACAAACCUCCGAGAUUGGCACGAUAUCUCCAAGCUCGGAAUUGCCUUUCCAAACCUAGUCUCAAUGACCAUAAUAGACUCUGAUGUGGACCAUUUGCCUGAUGAGGAAGUGUACAAAGAAUUUUCCAAACUGAGCGUGCUGAAUAUCAGUAAAGCAAACUUGACAUCAUGGGAUGAGAUUGAUAACUUUCGGAGAUUUCCUCAGUUAUCAAGCUUGCGAAUCACCGGGGUUCCCUUUCUUGAGGACCAAGAACCAAAAGCCCGUAGACAGCAGUUGAUAGCUCGCUUACCAAACAUAGACAUGCUGAAUGGGAGUAAGGUGACAGCAAUGGAAAAAGAGGAUGCAGAACGAGCCUUCAUACGCAUCUUUAUGGACUCCGAGAAUCAGCCAGCCAGGUAUCGAGAGUUGGAGGCAGUUUAUGGCAAGCUGGACCCCUUGGUAGAUGUUGACCUAUCUGUCAGUGACAGUGUUAGGCUACUGGUCAAAUUUGAAGAUAAAGCCGAGUACAUGGAUAUUAAGCUGUACCAGACGGUGUUGCAAUUUAAGAAACUCCUGCAGAAUUUCACAGGGUUGCCAUGCAAUGAAACUCAUGUGGACUACAUUGAAAUGUUGGAUGGGCAGCAGAUUCAUGGUGCGACUGAUAUGCGGUUGUCUCAUAAAACUCUUGUGACAUACAACUUCAAUCCUGGCGAUGAAAUUCAUAUUUUUCGUAAAAAUGAUCCUGUGAGCUAAUUGAUAUAUAUUGAGUUUGUGAUGGCCAUUCAAAAUUAAUGGUAAUGCCAUAAAUGUAUUCCAGUAUUAUUGUUUUAUAUCCAUGCUCCUGUUAAGUUUUGUGAAAAUAUGUUGUAUUCAUGAUUUUAACUUGUUUGCAAGAUGUGAUGAAAGUUUUUUGUUCUUUUUUUGUUCGUUAAAUUUGAUCUCACCAGAAUAUGAUAUCCAGUCAGAAUUGAUGAUUACUGUCAUAGAUUUAUGUAUUCCAGUAUUAUUGUUUUAAAUUCAUGAGUUUUGUGAAACUCUGUUGUACUCGUGAUUUUAACUUGUUUGCGAGAUGUGAUGAAAGUUGAUUUUUAUUGUUUUUAUCUCACUGAAGGUGAUAUCCAGUCAAAUUUAAUGAUUACUACCGUAAAUGUAUUCUGGUAUUGAUGUGUUCUAGGCUAUAGCCAUGCCUCUGUUAAGUUUUAUGUAAAUCUGUUGUACUUGUGAUUUUAACAUGUUUGCUAGAUGUGCUGAAAGUUGAUUGUAUAUUUUUCCUGUUUUUAUUUCACAUAUUAAGGUGAGUUUUAUGAUCACCCUUUAUCUGUGGUUCAUCAUGAUCUUAAGUUUGUUAUCUUUCCAGCAUCAACAUAUCUAAACCAAUCCUAUUCAAACUUAGACACAAUGUAUAUGCUCACAAGAUACCCUCUGAAUUUGAUUCAAGGCCAAAUCUGACCUGUACAUGUGUCUUUGAUUUAUGGGUGCCCUGUAGCACCUCAAUUUCUUAACUCAACUCAACUUUAUUCAGUACAUAAAGGCCUCCGGCCAAAAAUACAUACUAUAAUAUAUACAUCAUUAAUUACAAUACAGUGGUGUCAUUGCUUAAUACAAAUUGUUUACAAACUUCAAUCUGCUAUUUUUAACAAGUAAAAAAUAAAUAUUGCCACUUGUCGAAUAACAAAACUAUUAUCUGACUUUAGGAGUCUGUAAAAGGCAUGUAGGUCAGAUCGACCCGUGUAUCAGCUAAAUAAAAACUGAUUUCUUACAGUCGAGAACCUUGGGCGUAUGAAAAACACAUGAAAUUCAUCUUCUAAUAAAAGCCUGUUCUCGUUGAUUAAGCAGGACGCACAUAUUCUGUCGUAUCUGUCUAUGUUAAGAUGUCGGCCAACUUCGAUAUUUAACCGGUGACUUGAACACCUAAAUCGCGCGAGCGCACGGACAAAUUUAAGUGACAAGUUUAUGGAAAGAUAGUUUUCCGGAUUUAGUAAGGAUUUAACAUGUUUAUAGAGAUCGCAUCUUGAAGAUGUAUUAACGGUAUCGUGCCAUCCCUGAGUCGUACAGUCGAUUAAGCGAAGUUUAAAUUGCGCGUUGAAAGUAUUAAUGUCGCCUACGUCUUGCCAUAGCCAGACGUAGCCAAAUCCAUACUGAAAUAAUAUUUCUCUAACUUUUGUUACCCAAUUUAUUCUUCCAAUAUCGUCUUGACGUUUUAACAUAACGUUACUUAUCCUAAUUCUAUUAAAAAUGAAAAUGUAUGACCAUUAAAAGGCCAAGUUUGAUAAUGGGCAAAAUCUGACUAGUGGGUAGAGUUGUUGCCCUUGGUUAUAAAAAAACAUAUUUAUCAUUGUUUUCACUCAUUACCUUCAUUUCUUUGCCAAUCUUAGUCAUGUUUAACAAAAAAGGUGAAGACCGUAAGAACUCAGUCAAGUCUUAUUAUGUGCCAAAGCUGACCAGUAGGUCAACAGUGUUUUAUAUAAAAUAAAAUAGUGCAAUAUUUAACAUUAUUACCACUCUAACACCAAUCCUAGUCAUGUUUAGGAAGAUUAUGUAUAACCAUAAAGCCUCGGUUUGAUUCAUAGGAAAAGCCAUAUUUAACGUUAUUCACCAAAUAUUUAGACAGAAUGUGUAAACCAUUAAGAUCUUAGUGGGCCAAAUUGGACAAUUUUAUAAACUAGUGGUGAAUAUAUUGCUGAUUGAUUAUACCAGCAAUUUAAUUUUGUGUAUUAAGGCAGAAUGUAUCGUUCCAUAAAUAGUUGUAUAAAUGUAUGCCCUAUAUAAAUCGCUUAAAUAAACUGAUGAUCGAUUAUUUUAUUAACUUCCUCAUUAUUCGUUCGUUUCUGAUAAUUACCAAAAAAGUGAAAGGGUUACUUUUGACAAGGCCUUUGAUGUACCCAAGAAUGCAAUCAUCAUCAUCCUCUUCAGUGAUUUCGUAACUCCACAAUGGUUAUAUACUCCCAAUUUGCUACAACCGUAUAUACAUACCUAGCAGACAGGACUGACUGUUUUCAUAAUCAAGGUUCCACCGUUUACAAUAUUUAUAAAAAGGAUAAGAACAACUUCUGACUAGUAUUUUUUAUGUUGGCUGGCCAGAGCUGAUUGGAAAGCAUCCCGGCUGGUUUAGUCAACAACGUCUUGUGGCAACAUAGUUCCAAAGCACGAUGGUUGCAGGAAAGAAAGUUUGAAGAUGGAAGUGCAAGCUCGGAUUUGGCUGAUGUCUGCAUUGUGGCACCUGGGAGACCAAGCAUUGAUGAUGAGAGGAUCUGGUGUUAUAUCCACAAGGUUGUGAAUUAUCUUGAAAAGCAUGGUUGUUGUGGUGUUGUUGCGACGGU